AAAAAUUUGAACACUUUCUUCCUCAAAUUUGAAUUGGUUGCAGAAGUUUAAUAAUCUCAGAAUUCUCAUACUGAAUGGUGUCAAUCUGUCAGAGGUGCCUUUGUCACCUAUAUCAAAUCUCUGGAACCUCAGGAUGCUUCAGCUGUCCAAUUGCCAAAUUUCUGGCAGGAUUCCUGUCAAGCAGCUGCUCAAUCUGACUCGUCUCUCAUAUUUGACUGCCAAAGUAGCAGCAAAUGGAAAGACGUGAGAGCUGCAAUAUGAUGAUUACAGAGUAGCAGCAAAGUGACAGCACAAUGGAGCUUCACAUAUGCUACAAGAAAUGGCAGUAAAUCUUUGAAUGUAAUCUUUUGUUUUAAAUGCUUAAUAUUUUCUUGUAUUGGGUAAAAUGUUAGGUGAGAAAAAAAUUGUUUUCUAUUGUAUUGUUUCUGCUAUAAAUGUAAUAAAAUAUCAAUGAUAUCUCUUGAGUUGGAGUGAUGUACUCCUCUCCAUUUUAUGUGCUCUGCUCUUCAUCUUCUUCCUCUCGGUUCUCUCCAUUUUUUCUUUCUUUGCUUUAAAAAAAACCCAACAGACACGUUGUCUGGAGAUGGCUUGGCGUACAUUGGGAACAAAUUCUUAUGUGGGGCUCCCGAUGCAGUCAUCACUUGUGACAGCAACAGCUCCUCAGGUGAUCCGGAAACAAUUAAUCUGAAGGAUUCUGCGCAGCAGCAAGUGUUCUAUGAAGCUGUUAUUCCAGGCUAUGGAGUUGGCACAACAGGAUUUUUCUUGAUUCUGCAACUGAUGAAUGAAACCUGGAGGCAGAGAUAUUGGACAGCAAUUGACAGAAUCGCAUUGAGAAUCAUCAGAUGCUGUAAAAUGGUUCAGUAAAUAAGAGAUUAUGUACACAGAUAAUAGAUGACUUGUUAUCCUUGUAAUAAAAUAGCAAAUGAAUA